UGCGCAGUUACCGCAGCGCCGGGCAGGUUGGGAUGGUCGCUUGAGCUGAAAAAAUACAUCACCCACCCGAAUGAGCUCAUCGAUUAUCAUUCCAGACGGAAACUCCUUUAUUUAGGUCUUAAUAAAGAGCUUUAUAUCCGCAUUUGAAAAUGCCGAGUAAUAAGCUGGAUAAACCAGAGAAGGUGGAGGUGAGUGAUAACGUGAAGGUGGUGGUGAGAUGUCGACCCCUCAACGAGAAGGAGAAGGUGAUGGGUCACAAGCAGGCCGUCGCUGUGGACGAGAUCCGGGGAACGAUUACUGUGAACAAGCUAGAUAUGACUAGUGAGCCGCCAAAGACGUUCACCUUUGACACAGUGUUCGGCCCAGACAGUAAACAGCUGGAUGUGUAUAAUUUAACAGCUCGACCUAUUAUUGACUCAGUAUUAGAGGGUUACAAUGGAACCAUAUUUGCAUACGGCCAGACAGGCACAGGAAAGACGUUCACUAUGGAGGGUGUCAGGGCAGUGCCUGAACUCAGAGGAAUCAUUCCAAAUUCAUUUGCUCAUAUAUUUGGUCACAUUGCAAAAGCAGAAGGAGACACCAGGUUUCUGGUAAGAGUUUCGUAUUUGGAAAUAUACAAUGAGGAGGUGAGAGACCUGUUGGGAAAGGACCAGAUGCAGAGGCUGGAGGUCAAGGAGAGACCUGAUGUAGGAGUUUACAUCAAGGAUCUUUCUGGAUAUGUGGUCAACAAUGCUGACGAUAUGGACCGGAUUAUGACCCUUGGACACAAAAACCGUUCUGUGGGUGCGACUAAUAUGAACGAGCACAGCUCUCGCUCCCAUGCCAUCUUCACCAUAACUAUCGAGUGCAGCGAGAAGGGCAUAGAUGGAAAUCAACACGUGCGCAUGGGAAAGCUACACUUGGUCGAUCUUGCGGGAUCUGAAAGACAAGGGAAAACGGGCGCCACGGGUCAACGUCUUAAAGAGGCCACAAAAAUCAACCUGUCCCUGUCCACCCUGGGAAAUGUUAUCUCUGCACUGGUGGAUGGGAAAAGCACCCACGUGCCCUACAGGAAUUCAAAACUCACCCGACUCUUACAGGACUCUUUAGGAGGAAACUCCAAAACCAUGAUGUGUGCAAACAUCGGCCCAGCAGAUUACAAUUACGAUGAAACCAUCAGUACGCUUCGUUAUGCCAACCGUGCCAAAAACAUCAAGAAUAAGGCGAGGAUUAAUGAAGACCCCAAGGACGCACUGUUGCGCCAAUUUCAGAAGGAAAUCGAAGAGCUCAAGAAAAAACUGGAAGAAGGUGAGGAGAUCUCUGGUUCUGAUGGCAGCGGAUCAGAUGACAUGGAUGACGGUGAAGACGAAGUCGGAGAUGGCGGUGAGAGACGCAGGAAACGAAGAGGGAGGAAGAAGGUGUCUCCUGACAAGAUGGUGGAGAUGCAAGCUAAGAUCGAAGAAGAACGGAAAGCACUGGAGGCCAAACUGGACAUGGAAGAGGAAGAGAGGAACAAAGCUCGUGCAGAGCUUGAGAAACGAGAGAAAGACCUUCUCAAAGCACAACAAGAGCAUCAUUUGUUACUCGAGAAGCUGUCUGCUCUGGAGAAGAGGGUUAUUGUUGGUGGAGUUGAUUUACUGGCUAAAGCCGAGGAGCAAGAGAAGCUUCUGGAAGAAUCCAACAAUGAACUGGAGGAGAGGAGGAAGAGGGCCGAGCAGCUCCGAAGAGAACUGGAAGAAAAGGAGCAAGAGCGCUUGGAUAUCGAGGAGAAAUACACCAGUUUACAGGAAGAGGCUCAAGGCAAGACCAAGAAACUGAAGAAAGUGUGGACCAUGUUGAUGGCAGCCAAAUCUGAGAUGGCUGAUUUGCAGCAAGAGCAUCACAGAGAGAUCGAAGGUCUGCUGGAAAACAUCCGGCAGCUGAGCAGAGAGCUGCGUCUACAGAUGCUCAUCAUUGAUAACUUCAUUCCUCAGGAAUAUCAGGAGAUGAUUGAGAACUAUGUGCACUGGAAUGAGGACAUUGGCGAAUGGCAGCUGAAAUGUGUGGCCUACACUGGCAACAACAUGAGAAAACAGACACCUGUGUCGGACAAGAAAGAAAAAGAUCCGUUUGAAGUGGACCUGUCCCAUGUGUAUCUGGCCUACACUGAGGAGAGCAUGAGACAGUCCCUAAUGAAGCUAGAAAGGCCUCGGACAUCAAAAAGUGGAAAGUCCAGGCCUAAAACCGGUCGUAGGAAACGUUCCUCCAAACCAGAAGCUGCGAUUGAAUCCCUGCUGCAGUGAGCCUUUUGUCUGACAAAGACUACCAUAUUUUGUGCAUUUUCAAGGCCAGUCCAGUAUAUGUCUUAGGAAAUACUGAUUCUUGUGACAUUAAGGCACUUUGGCAUAAGUGUAGAUGAAAAUAAAUCAUGUGUUAAUAUGCAGGAAUUCCAGAGCUGCUCCAAAGCUGGGUUUAGGUGAGGAUAGUUUGCUGUAAAAUGUCUGUUAAUGAUAGCACUACAAAAGGCACAUUUCACCUUUAACAUAAACACUGUUACUGUAUAUUCUGCUUCACACUGAUGGCUGGGAUGAGCCGGUUAUUGAUCCGCCACAAGUUGAGCUUGCCGUCAGGGAAUAUGCUAUUGAGAAACAAAUCUAAUCUUAAUGUUUUAUACAAUUGGCAGCGUGCAAUUGCUUUAGCUUUAUGUAUACAAGCUAUGCUACUUCAUGUUUUUUUUAUAGUGAGAAUGUGCAUGCCAUGUUUCCCUGGCUGUUGUGCCAUUAGCUCAGUUAACUCUAAUUGUAAUGUAUUUUCAUUGUGCACUGUAGUACCAUUAGUCUUACAUAAAAAUGUUUACAUUUUUUUUUUUUUUUUUUGUCCUGUAUUCCUCUUUAA